AUGGCUAAGGUACUUCAGAAGGUUGAGUCAAUCGAUGCAGGGGUGAAAGAAAUGAGAGGUGACUUCUCGAGCAUGAGUCAGUUGGUGGACUCUCACACCACCUCCAUUAAACAAAUAGAGCAGCAGUUGGGGCAACUCUCAACCUCACUAAAUCAGAGAAAGAAUGGAUCACUAUCAAGUGAUACCAUUCAAAAUCCGAAGAAGGACAGACACUGCAUAGCCAACGCAACCAGGAGUGGUAAAGUUCUUUCUGACCCUAUUUCUGCAGGUACCAAGUAUGAACAGAUCUUGGAGCAAGCUAGUAGAGAGGAGGAUGAGACUAUACAGGUAGAUGAUCUGGAGGAGGCUCAACAAGCUCAACCUAAAGCACCACCUGUGAGAGGAAAAGAGAAAGAGGUUCAGGAAAACCUGCCAUUACAGCAGAUUCCCAGACCACCUCCUCCUUUCCCUCAAAGGCUCAAAAAGAAAGCUGAAGAUGGAAAGUUUACGAAAUUCAUCACCAUGUUGAAACAACUUUCAGUAAACAUUCCAUUGGUAGAAGCUCUAGAGCAUAUUCCAAGAUAUGCCAAGUUCAUAAAAGACUUGGUUACCAAAAAAAGAGCCGUAAGUCAUGAUUUUUCUAAUAAUGGUCAUCAUUGCAGUGCCAUUGCUACUAGAUCUCUGGUUCAGAAAAAGGAGGAUCCAGGUGCAUUCACGAUACCAUGCACCAUUGGGUAA